GCUGUCACACCAGACCAAAGUGAAAGCAUGCCGGCAUGUGGUUUAGGCUGGGGCCCAGUGGGCCGUGUCAGACAACAUAAAACACAGGCCUCCCUGCCCUCCGCACUCUCUCAGACACGGCUGGUGUGAGGUCGGAGGGUAUCAACAGGAAACACUGCACUGAGAUUUGCUGUUGGACCCACCAGCGGAGCGAAAUGCGACAUUGGAAUUCACAACUGGGCACCCUUCUCUUUCUCUGCCUGUUCUUCCGGGGUGCCCUGAGCGCCUGCACCAUCAGUAUCACCGAGGAGUGCCGCAACGCCGGUUUUGUGCCGGGGGCGCAGGUGGCGGGGCAGGGCUACGACGUGGUGACCCUGCAGCCCAAGGGGGCCUUCGUCAUCGACGUGAACACCUGGCGCACGGCCAACGGGAGCUGCACCCUCUGCGACAACGACCUGCUCAGCGACGUGCGCCAGCGGCUGCCCGUCUCGCUGGUGGACUGGCGCACCCUGAGUUCCUGCCGGCGCUCGGUCUCCAGCCGGCUUUACCGAUCGGCCGCCAAGUUGGCAGAGUCCACCAGCUCCUCCAUCACCAACGACUGGCACGCGGACCUCUCUGUGCGCACGCCCGACGUCAGUGCCAAAGUGGUGCUGGCUGGAUCCCAUUCCAAGAUGGUGGAAUUUGGCACCAGCCGCUCCCAGAGCGAUCACUACAGUUUCGCCAGUCACCAGUUCCAAUGCCUCUACUACCAGUAUCGGGUGAAGGAAAAACCGCUCCUGUCUCCCGAUUUCCAACACUCUAUCUCCAAGCUCCCAAUCAGCUCUGUUGGUCACGACAAGGCCCACUAUCAGAAGCUGGUGGCGACCUACGGUACCCACUACCUCAAGUCAGUGGAGCUGGGCGGGCGCUACAAGGACGUGACGGCUAUUCGGACGUGUGAGGCAGCAUCUGAGGGCUACACCGCCGAGGAGGUGAAGGACUGCCUGUCGGUGGAGGCCAGUGUCACGGUGGGCCUGACCACCACGGUUUCACCGGGCUACAAGCGAUGCCAGGAGAAGGCACGGUCCAUGAAACACCACGACAACUUCCACGAGGCCUUCAGCGACCGGGAGACAGAGGUGAUGGGGGGCCGGGCCCGGCAAGGGGCGGACCUCUUGUUCUCCGGGAACGGCAUGGCCUUCGCCCGCUGGACGGACAGCUUGCUCGCCUCCCCGGGCCUUGUGCGCUACGCCCUGGCGCCGCUCCACCACCUGCUGCCCACUGGCGACCUCAGGCAGAAGAACCUCCGGCGCUACAUCAGCGAAUACAUUAUGGACAACGCCCUCUCCCAGAAAUGCGGGGCAGACCACCAGUGCCCUCACGGGUCCUACCGUGACCCGCGCCAAUCCUGCUCCUGCCUGUGCCGCGAGGACAGCCGUGUGGACCGGAACUGCUGCUCCAAGGAGAAGGGGCUGGGCCACCUAGUGGUCAACAUCCGGGAGGGCCGCGACCUCUGGGGGGACGUUUUCUCAGCCACCGAUGGCUACGUGGUGGUCAGGUACGGCCAGGCGCAGGCCAGGACCAAAGUGAUCACAAACAACAACAACCCCAGAUGGAACACCAAGCUGGACCUUGGCCAGGUCAAGGCCGAGAGCGGGCACAAGCUGACGAUCGAGGUCUGGGACCAGAACGCCAUCAAAAGCAAUGACCUCCUGGGCAAGUGCCAGGUCAGACUGACCUCCGGCACCCACAGCGAGGCCUGUUACCUCAAGUACGGCAAGGUGACCUACGCCUACACUUUCACCUGCGGCCCCCACCUGGGCGGUGCCACCUGCCAGGAUUACACGCCCGGUCCUGGCAGUGUGCCCUUCACCUCUGCCCUGGGUGGGACCAACCGCACCCUCCUUCUCAACACACGCGUCCGUAACACCCGCUCCAAAUCGCCAUUCCCCGUGAUCUAAUUCCCCUGACCUUUACCUCUGACAGUGUCUUUGCCGGACUGUAUCCCGGCUAUUACACUUGCAGCAUUGUAAGCCCUGUACAACGUGGGAAGCUCUAUGCUAUUACACCGAAACGCUUUGAAGGCUUUUUUUCCAAACGUGCAAGCAGCUCAGUGCACAAGAAGAUGCAUUUGUAUAAUCUUACACAUUCUCAAUAAAUCUAACUCUGUGCAUUUA